CCCAUAUGGGUCAAGUUCGUAUUUAUGGUCGACAUAGAGUUUCCUUUUUGGAGCGCCUAGUUGUAGGAGACAUAGCUGCACUUCCACCUUAUCACGCUGUCUUGUCUUUACUAACCAAUGAACAAGGAGGAAUCAUCGAUGAUACGAUAGUUACCAAUAUGGGUGAUCAUAUUAAUAUGGUGAUCAACGCUUGUUGUCGUGACAAAGAUAUGUCCCAUUUACAACAUUAUGCAGAACAGGCACGAAGUAAAGGUGAAGAAGUGAUCGUCGAACUACAAGAACAAAGAGGAUUAGUAGCAUUACAAGGUCCCAAUGCUAUGAAAGUGUUAUCGAAACAUGUUACUGAAGACUUGAGUAUGUUGUAUUUUAUGAAUGCCCGAAUGAUGUGGGUAGAUGGUGUGGAGUGUUUGGUGAGUCGUUGUGGUUACACUGGGGAAGAUGGAUUUGAGAUAUCGGUUCCUAAUGAUUCCAUUCAAAGAAUAUUUGAUGGAUUAUGUGAUUCUUCUAUGGUUAGGCCAAGUGGAUUGGGAGCUAGGGAUAGUUUGAGAUUAGAAGCUGGUUUAUGUUUGUAUGGAAAUGAUAUGGAUGAUCGCACUACUCCAGUAGAAGCUUCUCUUAGUUGGACGAUUGCAAAGAGUCGUCGCGAAAGUGGAGGAUUCUUGGGAGAUAAAGUUAUAUUGAAGCAGUUGAAAGAAGGAGUCGAACGCCGUAGAGUGGGAUUCCUAUUACAAGGAGCUCCUGCUCGAGGUCAUGAAAGUAUCUUGGUAGAUAAUCAAGUUAUUGGACAAGUCACAAGUGGUGUCUUUAGUCCAUGUUUGGGUAAACCUAUUGGAAUGGGUUAUGUGGAAAAGAAAUGGGCAAAGUCAGGAACGUGCAUUCAAGUAGAAAUAAGACAAAAACAAGUUUCAGGUGAACUUGUCAAAAUGCCAUUUGUUCCCAAUCAUUACUAUAAAGGAAAUUAAAAGUACUCUCUUCAUGAGAGGUCUUAAUUAUGAC